GGCAUAUAAAACGCUCCCCUCGGCGAACGCACAUCACUCCCAGCGACUCCACAACAGAAGCGGCGGCGGCGGCGCAGGAGGAGGAGGCGAAGGCGAGGCCUCGAGGGAGAGAGAGGAGCACCAGCCAUGGUGCACGUCAACUUCUACCGCAACUAUGGUAAGACAUUCAAGAAACCAAGGCGUCCUUACGAGAAGGAGCGUCUGGAUGCAGAGCUGAAGCUGGUGGGUGAGUAUGGACUGAGGUGCAAGCGUGAGCUGUGGAGGGUUCAGUAUGCCCUGAGCAGGAUCCGUAAUGCUGCAAGGCAUUUGCUCACACUGGAUGAGAAGAACCCCCGCCGCAUCUUUGAGGGUGAGGCGCUGCUCCGCCGCAUGAACCGCUAUGGGCUUCUUGCUGAGGGUCAGAACAAGCUUGAUUACGUCCUCGCCCUGACCGCCGAGAACUUCCUUGCGAGGCGUCUUCAGACUCUCGUCUUCAAGGCUGGCAUGGCCAAAUCUAUUCACCAUGCACGUGUCUUGAUCAGGCAGCGCCACAUCAGAGUUGGUAGGCAGAUUGUUAAUGUCCCAUCGUUCAUGGUGAGGGUUGAGUCUGAGAAGCAUGUUGACUUCUCACUGACUAGCCCAUUCGGUGGAGGCCCCCCAGGCAGAGUGAAGAGAAAGAACAGCAAGAAGGCAAGUGGCGGCGGCGACGGUGGUGGUGAUGAGGACGAGGAGUGAGGACAAACCAGUAGCCGUUAUUACCUAAUAUAUUAUGUAGUCGUCAUUAAAAUGUGUGUGUUAUGAGUACUUAGCUGAGCAGCCUGAUGCUCAGCCCCGAGCUGGAUCUUUUCGGACAGGAUGGUUACCGUUUUAUCUUGUGCUGUUUAGCCAAUACCUAGCUAUGUUUGGAGCUGUUUAAUCUUGUUGCAGUUUAAUGUGUUUUCGACUUUA